GAAAAAGAUGAUCUGUGUUGAAAUCAAGUAUCUCCCCUGUGUGUGUGGUGUCCGUUGGUUAAAACUACGCCCCCCCUCCUCAAAGUGACCUUGCCGAGCGCCAAUCGAGGAUUGUGACGGAAUACAUUUAACCCCACUCUGAAAGCCGGUAACAGCCACGCCCCUGCAUCCGGCCACAGGGAAUCCUUAUCUUUUGGCGGGCGAGAGCGUCAACCUUUCUUCAGAAGACGGAUCGAAUCCGUAAACAUAAAACCCGCGACGCCCCGACCUCCCAAAGUUUUGUUUUUCGGUCAUCCUACACAUAUCCGUUUGAUUGUUUGAUACAUUUGUAUCUCCUUUUCAUAUUUUCUUGAUAUCUAGAAUUCGCCUGGUCCUCCACAGCAAACCACAUUCACAAUGGCUGCUCCUAUCACCUCAAGGACGGAAACUCUCCAGAAGUUCCUCAAGCUCGAUCAGAAGGGCAUGAUCAUGGCUGAGUACGUCUGGGUCGACGCCGAAGGCGGUACACGAUCCAAGUCUCGCACACUCCCCGAGAAGGAAUACAAGCCUGAGGAUCUUCCCGUGUGGAAUUUCGAUGGUUCUUCUACCAACCAGGCCCCCGGCGACAACUCAGAUGUCUACCUCCGUCCCUGCGCAGUCUACCCCGAUCCCUUCCGCGGCUCUCCCAACAUCAUCGUUCUUGCUGAGUGCUGGAAUGCCGAUGGCACUCCCAACAAGUACAACUUCCGUCACGACUGCGUGAAGGUUAUGGACACAUAUGCCGACGACGAGCCUUGGUUUGGUCUAGAGCAGGAGUACACCCUCCUAGGCUCUGACAACCGACCUUACGGCUGGCCCGCUGGUGGCUUCCCUGCUCCCCAAGGCGAGUAUUACUGCGGUGUCGGUACUGGCAAGGUUGUCCAGCGCGAUAUUGUUGAGGCUCAUUAUAAGGCUUGCUUGUAUGCCGGCAUCAAGAUUUCCGGCACCAACGCCGAGGUCAUGCCUGCUCAAUGGGAGUAUCAGGUCGGUCCCUGCACCGGCAUUGAGAUGGGUGACCAACUUUGGGUUUCACGAUUCUUUUUGCAUCGCGUCGCCGAGGAAUUCGGUGCGAAGGUCUCCCUGCACCCCAAACCCAUUGCUGGAGAUUGGAACGGGGCGGGUCUUCACUCCAACUUCUCUACCAAGGCCAUGCGCGAAGAGGGAGGUAUGAAGGUUAUUGAGGAAGCUCUGAAGAAGCUGGAGCCUCACCACGUCGAGUGUAUCGCCGAAUACGGCGAGGACAACGAACUGCGGUUAACCGGUCGCCAUGAGACCGGAUCGAUCGAUAGUUUCUCUUGGGGCGUCGCCAACCGCGGAACAAGCAUCCGCGUGCCACGCGAAACCGCUGCCAAGGGCUAUGGCUACUUUGAAGACCGUCGCCCGGCUUCUAACGCUGACCCUUACCGUGUCACAAAGGUUUUGCUUCAAUUUUCCAUGGCUUAGAGCGUGUUUUAGAAGUUCAUUUUAGUCGGACGGUUUCCGUCUCAUGGUUUACGGCGCGACGGUAUGGGAAACUAUUGAUUAUAUAGAUAGCAUGAUAACUAGUCCUGAAGGACAGUAAUGACAAACGAUCAGUAAAAUAUCCUGAGCCUAUAUUUUGCUUUUGUCAGGCCCGUGAUUGUAAGUGGGUAGGACCAUCCUUUUUCAAGUUGCAGGUAAGUUUCGAGGUGUCGCCCUUUGUGCAACGGCCAGAAUAAGUGGUCAACAUGCUAAUUUGACCAAAAGAUGAGGGACGCAAACUGAAUUGCAAUGAUGGUGGCUGUUGGAAAAUGGUAUGUUGUCGAAUUUAAGCUUAUUUGCAACACGUGGGGCACAGCCACGUGACUACCCCGGAUGGUCUUCCGCCGGUAACCAAUAAGUUACAACCCAAAUAUUUGGGGCAGGUGCUUUCCAGUACCGCGUAUUCGUUUCGGUGGCCGAAUGUUAUUGCUACAGUAGCUUAACUGGCAUGCAUACUAAGUGUCGUACAGUUCGCGAUGAGUUCCUUGAUUUGCCUCGUAGCCUACU